AUGAGCGGCAACCUUUCUACGCCGGGCGGUAUUUCCGACCCCGCCCUCAUUACUCUCGUCAACAAGCUUCAGGAUGUCUUUGCUACUGUCGGCGUCAACAACCCCAUCGAUCUCCCCCAGAUUGCCGUCGUAGGUAGUCAGUCUAGCGGCAAGUCGUCGGUAUUGGAAAAUAUUGUCGGCCGUGACUUCCUCCCCCGUGGCUCCGGUAUCGUCACCCGUCGACCUCUCGUCCUCCAGCUCAUCAACCGAACUGCCCAGUCCAACGGUACCAAUGAUGGCGACUUUGAUGGCGGCAACGACAAGGCCGCCAACGCCGACGAAUGGGGCGAGUUCCUCCAUGUUCCUGGCCAAAAGUACUUUGACUUUUCCAAGAUUCGCGAUGAGAUUGCCCAAGAAACCGAGACCAAGGUCGGCAAGAAUGGCGGCAUCUCGGCCGCUCCCAUCAACCUCCGCAUCUACUCUCCCAAUGUCCUGACCUUGACCCUCGUCGAUUUGCCCGGUCUUACCAAGGUCCCCGUCGGUGAUCAGCCCCGGGACAUCGAGAGACAGAUUCGCGAAAUGGUUCUCAAGUACAUUGGCAAGUCCAACGCCAUCAUCCUCGCCGUUACCUCUGCCAACAUCGACUUGGCCAACUCGGACGGUCUAAAGCUCGCCCGCGAAGUCGACCCCGAAGGCCAGCGUACCAUUGGUGUCCUCACCAAGGUCGAUCUGAUGGACGACGGCACCGAUGUCAUCGAUAUUCUUUCCAACCGCGUUAUUCCUCUCCGUCUCGGCUACGUCCCCGUCGUCAACCGUGGCCAGCGCGAUAUCGACAACAAAAAGGCCAUCAACGCCGCCCUCGAGGCCGAAAAGAACUUUUUCGAAAACCACAAGGCUUACCGCAACAAGAGCUCCUACUGCGGUACCCCCUACCUUGCCCGCAAGCUCAACCUCAUCCUCAUGAUGCACAUUAAGCAGACGCUACCCGACAUCAAGGCCAGAAUCGCCAGCUCUCUGCAAAAGUACACCGCCGAACUCGACAGCCUAGGCCCUUCUAUGCUGGGCAACAGCGCCAACAUUAUCCUCAACAUCAUUACCGAAUUUACCAACGAGUGGCGAACCGUUCUCGAUGGUAACAAUAACGAGCUUUCCAGCACUGAGCUGUCGGGCGGUGCCCGUAUCAGCUUCGUCUUCCACGAGCUCUACUCCAACGGUGUCAAGGCCAUUGAUCCCUUUGACGUAGUCAAGGACGUCGAUAUCCGUACUAUUCUCUACAACUCGUCGGGCUCGUCUCCGGCUCUGUUUGUCGGUACCACUGCCUUUGAGCUCAUUGUCAAGCAACAGAUCAAACGCCUCGAGGACCCUAGCUUGAAGUGCAUUUCGCUUGUCUACGAUGAGCUGGUCCGCAUUCUCUCUCAGCUGCUUGGCAAGACCCUGUAUCGCCGUUAUCCUUCCCUCAAGGAGAAGAUGCACGGCGUCGUCAUUGCCUUUUUCAAAAAGGCCAUGGAGCCCACCAACAAGCUCGUUCGCGAUCUCGUCAACAUGGAGGCAUGCUACAUCAACACUGGCCACCCCGACUUUUUGAACGGUCACCGCGCCAUGGCUGUUGUCAAUGAGCGCCACAACCCUAGCAAACCGGUUCAGGUCGACCCCAAGACCGGCAAGCCCCUGCCUGCGGCUGCCACCACUCCCGCUCGCACAACUAGUCCUCCUAUCCCUGAUGAUGGCAACGGUGGCUUCUUUGGCAGUUUCUUUGCCGCCAAGAACAAGAAGAAGGCUGCUGCCAUGGAAGCCCCUCCUCCCACGCUCAAGGCCUCCGGCACAUUGUCGGAACGCGAGAACAUUGAAGUCGAGGUCAUCAAACUGCUCAUCUCUUCAUACUAUAACAUUGUCAAGCGUACAAUGAUUGACAUGGUGCCCAAGGCCAUCAUGCUUACACUUGUCCAAUUCACCAAGGAUGAGAUGCAGAAGGAGCUCCUCGAGAACAUGUAUCGCACCGAUGCCCUGGAAGAGCUGCUAAAGGAGAGCGACUUUACCAUCCGCCGACGAAAGGAGUGCCAGCAAAUGGUGGAGUCACUCUCGCGCGCCAGCGAGAUUGUCAGCCAGGUGCAGUAA